AUGAUGAUGCGUUCUAUAUUGCAAUAUGUGGUCGUCCUAUUCUUAUUAUAUCAAUCUUAUGCGAUUGAAAGUGUAAUUCAAUGGCCAAAACCGAUUGCUUCGUCAUCGUCCGCAAAAGCAAUCACAGAUUUGAUCGAUCGUGUCCUUGACGGUGCUCCAGUUGCUCAACUUUUUCAAGUUUCAAUCAAUGCUGAUCUAGCAAUCAAUGGCAAAGAUGUUUUCCUACUCUCGAAUGGUUCUGCAUCUGGCUCAAUACUUAUUUCAGCAUCAUCGGGUGUAGCUGCUGCAAUGGGAUUCAACUACUAUCUCAAAUAUGUAGCACAAAGUUCAUUUUAUUGGUCAGGCAAGAAUAUUCGCCUAUCUGGAUCAUCAUUAAUUCCAUUGUCUACACCGAUUCGAAUUCUUGCAAAUGAUUUUUUCCGUUGGUAUGGUAAUCCAUGUACUUUCAGUUAUUCAGCGGUAUUUUGGAACUUUUCCAGAUGGGAAAAAGAGAUUGAUUGGAUGGCAAUGAAUGGAAUCAACUUAGUGUAUGCUACAACUGGAAUGGAAUACAUUUUUAGUAAAGUGUUUCUACAAAUGGGUUUUAGUCAAUCAGAAUUAGAUGAUUAUUUCACUGGUCCAGCAUUUUUAGCUUGGCACCGUAUGGGUAAUCUUCAAAAGCAUGCUGGUCCACUAUCACGAAAGUGGCAUGCAUCUCAAUUUGAACUUGCUCAGCAAAUCAUUCGACGAAUGACUGAUAUUGAAAUCAUACCAGUCCUACCUGCUUUUACUGGUUUUAUGCCUCGCAGUGCACCAAAACUUUUUCCUACAGCAAAAUUCUAUAAUUCGUCCGACUGGGUUGGCUUUGGAUGUAAUGAAUCUUGUAUGGUAUAUCUUGAUCCAACUGAUCCAAUUUUCAAACAAGUUGGUGUUGCACUAUUAAAUGAGACAAUUAUUUCUCUCAAUAUAACGUCACAUUACUAUUCAUGUGAUCUAUUCAAUGAGAUGACUCCACCAGUUAGUGAUCUCAAUUAUUUGGCCGAUGUCAACGCAGGCAUUUUUCAGACUAUGCAAAUGGUUGAUCCUAGUGCUGUUUGGGUGAUGCAAGCUUGGUUAUUUCUUUCGGACUUUUGGACCACUGAUCGUGUAAAAAGUUAUCUAAGCAAAGUUCCUCCAGGUAAUAUGAUUUUAUUGGAUCUGUUUUCUGAAGCUCGGCCACAAUAUUCACGUUUUGAAUCAUUCUAUGGACAUUUUUAUAUAUGGAAUAUGUUACACGAUUUUGGUGGUAAUAAUGACUUAUUUGGCAGUCUUGUCAAUGUUAAUGAUGGACCACAAGCUGCUCGUAACUAUUCAGGUCAAUAUAUGAUAGGCGUUGGUAUCACAAUGGAAGGUAUAAAUCAAAACGAAAUUAUGUAUGAAUUCGCACUGGAACAGUCAUGGCGCUCUCCCUUGAGCGAUGCCGCAUUAGAUGAAUGGUUAGUCAACUUUGUAAUGCGUCGAUAUACAAGUACUGAUGCCAUACCAAGUUCAGCAUUGUAUGCAUGGCAAUUAUUAGGAAAUUCAGUUUAUCACAAUAAUCCACACGGUGCUGACACGUUAAUGUUAGGUAGACCAGGACUUGAUGGACAGCAAGUUGCCCACUUCGAUCUCAGUUCUUUAUCGUUGGCUUGGGAACUGUUAGUUGAUGCAUCCAGUGAAAUCGAUUCAGAUUUAUUUCGUUACGAUUUAGUAGAUAUUACUAAAGAAGUACUUCAGUAUAAAUUUGCUACUAUUCAUACUGAAUUGAUAGCUGCUUAUAAGCGAGCUGACCUCUACGGUGUUAGUACUCAAGCUGCUAUUCUUGUUGAUAUUUUGGCUGAUAUGGAAAUGGUAUUAGCUUCAGAUCGUCGAUUUUUAUUAGGUAAUUGGGUUGGCGAUGCUUUACAAUUUGCAACAAGUGAAGAAGAAAUUCAUUUUUAUAAUUUGAAUGCUAAACUUCAAGUAUCAAUAUGGGGAAAUAAUUAUACAUUAGGACUUUUUGAUUAUGCACGUAAAUUUUGGUCGGGAAUGAUUCAAGAUUAUUAUGCUCCUCGGUGGUAUGUGUUCUUUGAUGUUAUACUGAAAAGUAUUGUCGAAGGUAAACCAGUUGAUUCACAUCUGUUGGGUGAACGUUUAUUUCUUGAAGCUGAAUUACCAUUUUUUAUGUUAGAGGCAAAGAUCUAUCCUACAACUACACGCGGUGAUUCAAUUAUGAUUGCUCGAGAAUUAUACAAUAAAUAUCGUUCGACAUUGAACGAUAUAACUUUACCAGUAUCCACUUCAAAACAACAUCAACUUCGUUUCAAACAUUAUACGAAUUAA